CGUCGAAGCCGCCGCCACACGUGUUGCCGACGCGGCGCAUCGCGCACACGCGUACACCGCAAUCGUUGGCUCGAUCCGUUUUGUCCGUCGCAGGCGCCGCACCGUCCGGUCCGCCAGCCGCACGCGCUUAUGUUGUGCGCGUACUUUUUUUUUUUAAGUAUAUUAUUAGGAAAAACGGUUUUUAUUUUUUUGGUCCUCUUCGACAAUGUCUGUUCGGUCGGCGAUUUACGUGACCAUGUGGUGGUAAUAACCAUCGGCAACAGACUCGUCCGCAAGAUACCUCCGCUCGGCGUAAGAUACGAAUACAUUAAAUUCAUAGACGAUAUGGAUGCGAAACUGACGACGCCGAAACGUUGCACAAAUGGAGUACGAGCUUGACUGUUGUAGAAGAUCGACAAUAAUAUGUCAUCCAUCGGAUCUGAAGACCGACCGUUCAUAUUCCGCGUCAAUGAUAACGGCACUGGCCCAGUUCUGCUCAUACAGGUGUGUCAAGAACGAGGCUGGAAGGAAUAUGAAGGAACUAAGAGCGGAGACUCCGCAUGGUCGGUGCCGGCGGACGAGUAUUGGAACCUGUGGUGGAAAUCGACCGGAUUCUCGUUGUCACACUAUAAACAGCAGAAAAUAUGGCAGUUCAAUAACCAUAUACCCAGUGGAUCAGCAUUAUGCCGGAAGGACAACUUGUGGCGAUAUUUGAAAUGUAUGAAGAAUAUAUUCGGCACGUCGCUAUUCGGGUUCAGCCCAGACUCCUACAACUUACCACUAGAGUAUACAAAGUUAGCUGCCGAAUGUAGUCACGACACUGACGUCGGUGAGAAGUCGAUUUGGAUAUGCAAACCUGUUGGUCAAAGUCAAGGAAAAGGCAUAUCAUUAAUAUCGCAAAUCGGUGAGCUCGUUUAUGACACAAACAUCGUGGUCCAGAGAUACGUGAAGAAUCCUAUGCUUAUCGGUGGAUAUAAGUACGAUUUGCGGCUGUACGUUCUAGUACCGUCGUUCCAUCCACUCACCAUAUACGUCUACAGGGAGGGACUAACUCGAUUCAGUACCGACAAGUAUUCGCUGAAUAACCUCGAUAACCACUAUGCGCACCUGACCAAUAGUUCGAUUAACAAGCUGGGACCCAACUAUUUGGAAACAAAAGAAAAAAUCGGACUCGGAUGCAAGUGGACAUUUCAACAGCUCCGACAGCACAUACGCCAAGCCGGAGUCAAUGAUUGGCUAUUGUGGCAAAAGAUAUCAGUUCUCGUUAGUCUCACGUUGGCCAGCCAAUGUACAGGCAUACCGAGCACGACAAAUUGUUUUGAGUUAUACGGUUUUGACAUAUUGGUCGAUUCUGAUCUAAAGCCUUGGCUUCUAGAGGUGAACCUCAGUCCUGCGUUGGGCAACGAUUGCGACGUGGACAACCGUGUGAAAAGGCCGCUGUUGCACGACAUGUUCGAUCUGCUCGGGCUGCCGAUGUGCAACACCGGUCUGUCACUGUUCCGGAUGACGUGCAGGUCGGCGUCGGGGCCACGGUUCGGCGGGGAUGGACGGCCGACAGCGUUGGCCGCCGCGGCCACGGAAAAGUGGAAGUCCAAACGCAAGACGAACAGCAACAACAACAACAACAGCACUGCCAACAACAACAACAACAACAACGUUAACGCCUCGAAAAAGGACGGUACGGCGGUGACGUCGUCGACGGCACAGGCCCAGUCGUCCGCUCGGCAAUCGACGCUGUACGGCCUGGGCAAACAGCGAGGCGCCAACACGGCCCAAGCGGCGGCGGCCGCCGACCUGUGCAACUCGCCUUUAUCGUCGCCGGUUUGGGGCAACGGUCGGGACUGGAGCAGGCCCGCCGACUCGGAGGGCGACUGGGUCCGAGUGUUCCCGUUCGCGCCGUCGCCGCGACAGUUGUCGCGGACCGGCACUCGGCCGCCGCAGCAGCAACCGUUCGGCCGCCGGUCAGCGUCGUCGCCGUCGUCGUCGUCGCCGGACACGGGCUCGGCCAGGGCCACCAUCAAAACGAUUCAAGAGUACUUGAAGUGUUGCAAGAAGGUGGCCAGGUCGUGCGAGGGCCUGUCCGUCGUGCCGGACGAAGAGCUCAACGACAAGCUCAGAGACCUGUUCCCGGCCGCGACCAAGACGUGGCUGCCGCCCCUCUGAGAGACUCUUACGUAUUGUUAUUGCGUUUUUCACCGUAAUAUUCUUAUGCAUAUACUAUACGACACCUCCAAAGGAAUACUUAAACGUGUCGCGUUGUAAUAAUAUCGAUUGUUAUUGCGUAAAUUAUUAUUAUGAUAUCGUCGUUGUUUAUGUUAUAAUAUUAUUGUUAAUAUACCGGUAAUAUAUAUUUUUCUAAAAUAUUAAUAUUAUCGACUAAUAUAAAAUUAUUUCGAAUUAUUAUCGACUAUUAUAUGUUAUAAUGUAUAGUUAGGUAGGUAAAAAAAUAUUGUAAUAUAUUGUUUUUUUUUCUCUCUUCUCGCUCUUUCCAAAUUAUAUUAUAUAAAAAAAAAAAAUUUAAAACGUAUAAUAAUAUCUCACGAUGAAUAAUAUAAAACUAAUGUGUUCUGCGCAUAUAAAAACGUCGUUCUUGUAUAUUAUUUUUCACGAUGAAUUAAUAAUAUUGUAAUUACGAGCUAUAUUUCAGGUACAUUUCGCUGCGGAUGGCGAAUUUUCCAUCGUAAUGUACCUGUAAUAUAUAUUAUAAUAUUAUAUAAUAGUGUAAUACAACAUUGAACAUGUUAUGUAACGUUUGUCACUUUACCGUGAUGAACACCAUUUGAUUCGAUUAGUAUUAUAUAUUAACUAUUAAGAGGUAUUCUAUAUUUGUUUCAAUGCUGCGUAUAAUAAAUAUCAUUUAAAAAUAAUAACAUGUACCAUCAAUUUAUGCUGUAUAAUAUUAUCA